GGCGGCCGCCAGUCCGAGGCAGGUGCCCGACAUGGCGAGUGCGGGGCUGCCCGGCGCAUCCCUGUGCGGCGCGGAGGAGGCGGCGGCGGCGGCGGCGGCGGCGGGAGCGGGAGAGACGCCCUCCGGGCUGCGGCUGCGCCUGCUGCUGCUGCUCCUGGGGGCCGCGGCCCUCAUCCCCGCAGGUGAUGGACAGAAUUUAGUCACAGAAGACGUGACGGUGGUGGAGGGAGAAGUCGCCACCAUAAGUUGCCGAGUCAAGGACAGCGACGACUCCGUGAUUCAGCUCCUCAACCCCAACCGACAGACCAUUUAUUUCAGAGACUUCAGGCCGCUCAAGGACAGCCGAUUUCAGCUGGUGAAUUUCUCCAACAGCGAACUGCGAGUGUCGUUGACCAACGUCUCCGUGUCCGACGAAGGAAAGUACUUCUGCCAGCUGUACACGGACCCCCCCCAGGAAAUCUAUACCACCAUCACAGUCCUUGUCCCGCCCCGGAACUUGAUCAUCGACAUCCAGAAGGACACGGCGGUGGAGGGCGAGGAGAUCGAGGUGAACUGCACAGCCAUGGCCAGCAAACCUGCCACCACCCUCCGAUGGUUCAAAGGAAACAAGGAGCUGACCGGCAAGUCGGAGGUGGAGGAAUGGUCAGACAUGUACACCGUGACCAGCCAGCUCAUGCUGACAGUGGACAAGGAGGACGACGGCGUCCCGAUCAUCUGCCUGGUGGAUCACCCCGCCGUUAAAGACAUGCAGACGCAGCGCUACCUGGAAGUGCAGUAUAAGCCCCAGGUGCACAUCCAGUUGAUGAACCCGCUCCAGGGCCCAAACCGGGAAGGAGAGGCACUCGAGCUGACGUGUGAUGUCAUCGGGAAGCCCCCGCCUGUGAUGGUGUCUUGGGUGAGAGUAGAUGACGAUCUGCCUCAGCACGCUGUAGUGUCGGGGCCCAACCUGGUCAUUAACAAUCUCAACAAAACAGAUAACGGAACCUACCGCUGCCAGGCGUCCAACGUAGUGGGGACCUCUCAUUCGGAUUACACGCUCUUUGUAUACGAUCCCCCCACAACUCUCCCUCCCACCACCACCACCACAACCACCACCACCACCACCACCCCUAUCAUCGCCACAGACACAUCAGCGACGACUGAGUCAGCAGCUCACGGCCUCACUUGGUUGCCCAAUUCCGCGGAAGAACUGGACAGUGAGGAUCGCUCAGAUUCUCGGGCGAGCGACAAUAGCUCCAUCCAGACGGUGGACCACGCGGUGAUCGGCGGCGUCGUGGCCGUGGUGGUGUUCGCCAUGCUGUGCCUGCUCAUCGUCCUCGGCCGGUAUUUCGCCAGGCAUAAAGGCACAUACUUCACUCACGAAGCCAAAGGCGCCGACGACGCUGCGGAUGCAGACACAGCGAUCAUCAACGCAGAAGGAGGACAGAACAACUCGGAAGAAAAGAAAGAGUACUUCAUCUAGGCCGGCUUUUGGGGUCCAGGGGACGCCGAUUGGCACGGUGUAGAUGUUAAAGAGACAGUGAUACUGGAACCCGCGAAAAAGCCGUGGUUUUUGUUUGUUCGUUUGUUUAUUAUUAUUUUUUUUUUAAGAAUGGGUGGAGAGGUGCGAGGCUGGGAGGGGCUGGAAUUUGCUGUGUAAAAAUGUUUGUAAAGUGC